GCUCCCCCCGUCCUCCCUACCUCCUUCCUCGCACCUCUCUCUUUCUCCAGCUGUUGCUAGCUGUCCCCCUCUUCCCUCAUCAUGUGAACCCCUCUUCUCCUCCCCGUAUCUUCCACAGCCCAUACAGCAAAAGAAAAUUCAACCGCCACCCCUACCACAUCCACCAUAAUAAGGAGAGAGAGAGAGCGAGAGAGAGAGAGAGGCACAAACCAGUGACUGAUAUUCGAAUUCGAGUUGAAAGACCUCUCCAGCUACCCAUCUCACAAUCCUUUUCCCACCAGGCUUCAGCUCUCAGCUUCCAUUACAUUGCCUGGCCGCCGGUCUAAGACCAAGCUCCCUUUUCUGACCCUCCUUGAGAGAGAGAGAGAGAGCUAUAUGGCUCAGCUCCCUCCCAAGAUCCCCACCACCUUCCCCCCCACGUGGCCCAACUUCGGCCAUCACCGUCCACCUUUCUCCUCCAUUCCCACCCCCGCCGCCCCCUCGCCGCCGGCUCCCAGCUCCCAGCCCUCAUGGGUUGACGAAUUCCUCGACUUCUCCUCCGCCAAACGCGGCUCGCACCGCCGCUCCGUCAGCGACUCCAUCGCCUUCCUCGAGGCCCCGCUGGCGGACGACGCCGCCGCUGCAGCUGAAUUCGACCGCCUUGACGAGGACCAGCUCAUUGAGUCCAUGUUCUCCGACGACGUCCCGCCCCCGUCAUCCUCCUCCCCCCGUGCUGCGCCACCCCUCACCUCUUCCAACCCCUCCACGCCGUCCGACCACAACAGCAUCAACGACGACAAGCCUGCCGCAUCCUCCGACCACCAGACCACGAUGAGCAACGACUUCGCUGCGGAGGCGCAGAGCGCUUGCAAGGCCGAGCCGAAACCAGCCACCGAACCGGAGCACAUCGUCGACCCCAAAAGAGUCAAGAGGAUAUUAGCCAACCGGCAGUCGGCGCAGAGGUCGCGAGUGAGGAAGCUGCAGUACAUAUCCGAGCUCGAGCGCAGCGUCACCACGUUGCAGACCGAGGUGUCGGCAUUGUCGCCUCGGGUUGCAUUCCUCGAUCACCAGCGCUCGAUUCUUACGCUGGGAAACAGCCAUCUGAAGCAGCGGAUUGCAGCUUUGGCCCAGGACAAAAUCUUCAAAGAUGCCCACCAAGAGGCAUUAAAGAAGGAGAUCGAGAGGCUAAGGCAAGUCUACCACCAGCAGAAUCUCAAGAAAAUGUCUGCUCCCACCUCUGAUCCCGCUAUGCGCACAGAAAAAGAGCUGGUUAGCUGACGCACCACUGGCUCGGAAAGAAAAUGCUGCACAGUAAUUUGUUGAUUAGGGAUUGAUCGAUCAGGUGAUGGUGUUCAUUAAGUAGGAGAAAUUGUGGUUACGUUGGUGGUGGUACGUAAAUGUAUUAUUAUAUUCUUUGUGUAUUUCAAUUUCAUCUAUGAUUUUUUCCUUUUUUUUAAAAAAAUAUUAACCGUCACAUGGUGGUCAUGUGUGUGAAGUAGUCUUAAGGUUUGGUAACAUCAAAAAGAAUGCCACAGGGCAUUGUGUAUUAUUUUGAUGAAUGUUUUUUUCUUUUUAAUGCAAAUAUUCCACUCAUUUUAUUUUUUCUUGAAAUU